AUGGAUUUAAGGGUCGGAAGAAAAUACAGAAUAGGCCGAAAGAUCGGAUCAGGGUCUUUCGGUGAUAUAUACCUCGGAACAAACAUUAUUUCAGGAGAAGAAGUGGCAAUAAAGUUGGAGAACAUAAGGGCUAAGCACCCGCAGUUAGAAUAUGAGGCUAAAGUUUAUAAGGCACUUUGUGGAGGAGUGGGCAUUCCGUUUGUCCGCUGGUUUGGCACCGAGUGUGACUACAAUGCUAUGGUGAUCGAUCUCCUUGGACCUUCGUUGGAGGAUCUUUUUAGUUACUGCAACAGGAAGUUUUCGUACAAGACGGUUCUACUUUUGGCAGAUCAGCUACUUUGCCGAAUAGAGUUCAUACAUGCACGUUCAUUUAUUCACCGAGAUAUCAAACCCGACAAUUUCCUCAUGGGAAUUGGCAAAAAGGGGUCUCAGGUGAAUGUUAUUGACUUUGGCUUGGCAAAAAAGUACAGAGACCCACGUACUUACGUGCACAUCCCAUACAGGGAAAACAAGAACUUGACCGGAACGGCAAGAUACGCUUCAAUAAAUACCCACUUGGGAAUAGAGCAGUCUAGGCGUGAUGAUCUCGAGUCUCUUGGAUAUGUGCUCAUAUAUUUCUGCCGGGGAUCUUUGCCUUGGCAGGGUCUCAAGGCUGCAACCAAGCGGCAGAAAUACGACAGGAUCCUGGAGAAGAAGAUGUCGAUUCCAGCGGAGGUUCUUGCCCAUGGCUUGCCGAUCGAAUUUACGCAGUAUCUAAAUUAUGUGAGAUCUUUGAGAUUCGAGGAUAAGCCUGACUACAUGUAUCUUCGCCGUUUGUUCAGGGACUUGUUUGUCAAGGAGCAUUAUGUGUACGACUACAUUUUUGACUGGACCGUGUUCAAGUACAAGCUUCAUCAGCAGCAACAGCAGCAACAACAGCAGCAACAACAGCAGCAGAAAGUGAUACAGGGCAAGAAUACUGCUGCUGAGAACGGAAAAGCCGACGAGAAGAAGAAAGUGUUGACUCAUCAAAAGGUCCAACCGACCCAGCAGCAGUAUUAUCAGGAUGCAAACAAGCCGGGGGCUCCAGUUAAGCCCCUUUUGCAGCAAACACAGAACCAGGCAGUUGCCGUUCCAGAUCCAGCAGACAUGGCUAUUCCUGCAUACAGAGUGCAAAGAUACCAAGUUGCUCACCCGAAUAAUCAGCAGACCCAACCCCAGACCCAGCAGCAGCAGCAGCAGAUGUACUAUCAGCAGCAAAGCAAGCCGGUUGCAGCUCAACAAGUACAGGCAAGUGGUCAUCAAGGCCAAACAGUGGCAGACCAGAGUGGUGCUCAGCAAAGCCAGCAAGCGAGUGUGAAUCCAGCUUGGCUUUGA